UCCCUCCUUUUUCUCAACAGAUCGUGGAUGGGUCAGGCCAUGUAAAGUUCUGCGUCGAUGCCAGCAAGCCAGAUGCAGGGAGCUGGCUGAAACACAUCCAGUUUGCCCCUGCAGCCACGCCACAUAACCUGAGAGCGUGCCAGAUAGGUGAUCAGAUCUUCUACAAAGUCACUAGAGAGAUUUUUCCUGGCGAGGAGCUGUUACUUUUCAUGAAGGCUGAAGAUUAUUUCUGCAACACGAUGGCUCCUGAUAUUCACGAGGAGAGGCAGUAUCGCUGUGAGGACUGUGACCAGCACUUUGAGUCUCGCAACCAGCUGCUGGAUCACCAGAAGGAGCCAUGCGGGAUGCCCCCCUCUGCCUUCCUCAACCCAGGAGAAGAAGGUGACCUGACGGCUCAAGAACCUCAAGAUUUGCGGCCCCUUCAUAUGUCUCAUGGCCUGCAUGAGUGUAAGGAGUGUGACCAGGUCUUUCCUGAUGUCCAAAGUCUGGAGAAUCACAGCCAGUCUCACUCUGAGGAAAGAGAAUACAAGUGUGAUCAGUGUCCCAAGGCUUUCAACUGGAAAUCAAACUUGAUUCGACAUCAGAUGUCUCAUGACAGUGGCAAGCAUUACGAAUGUGAGAACUGCUCAAAGCAGGUGUUCACAGACCCCAGUAACCUGCAGAGGCACAUUCGUUCUCAGCACGUCGGGGCUCGGGCCCAUGCCUGUUCUGACUGCGGCAAGACGUUUGCAACGUCUUCAGGCCUCAAGCAGCAUAAGCACAUUCACAGCAGUGUCAAGCCCUUCAUGUGUAAGUCACUAAGACCCUACCUAUGUGAGGUAUGCCACAAGUCCUAUACCCAGUUUUCUAACCUUUGUCGGCACAAACGCAUGCAUGCUGACUGUCGCACGCAAAUCAAAUGCAAGGACUGCGGGCAAAUGUUCAGCACCACCUCAUCCCUCAACAAGCAUCGGCGCUUCUGUGAAGGAAAGAAUCAUUUUACAGCAGGGGGGUUGUUUGCCCAGGGAUUGCCACUCCCUGGCACCCCUGGCUUAGACAAAUCAGCUCUUACACUCGGCCACAGCAGUGCUGGACUUGCUGAUUACUUUGGAGCAAGCCGCCACCAGAGCGGGCUCACCUUCCCAGCAGCCCCAGCAUUUCCUUUCAGCUUCCCUGGCCUGUUUCCUUCUGGACUAUAUCACCGGCCUCCGCUCAUUCCUGCCACUUCCUCUCCUGUCAGACAGACAGCCCAUGCACCUGUUUCAGGGCCUGGUGCAGAGCUAAGUAAAAGUCCUUUGCUUCCUCCAAGUCCUGGUGCUAUUGAGUCUCAAGAGUUGCUGAAAGCUCUGCGCAAAAAUGGCAGUUCACCUGGAAAUGACUUGCAAGACUCAGAACUCCACAAUCAGGGUUCUUUGGUGUCUUCAAAGCAGCAGAACAAGCAAAGUGAUCAGUCUGAGAGCAGUGAUGUGGAUGAUGUUAGCACACCAAGUGGAAGUGAUCUAGAGAGCACAACAGGCUCUGAACUUGAAAGCGACAUGGACAGUGAACGGGAGAGGGGAGCUGCUCGAGAAAAUGGUAAAAGUUCCAGGAGAAAGGCUAGCGAUAGAGGCCCUCAAAGCCCCAGCUUGAUCGGUAGCAGUACUGCUAAAGACUUGCCAGGUCAAACCCUCAUACAGUCUUCGCUAGAUGAGCACACGGCUGUAACAGGGGCUGUAAAUGACUCUAUUAAAGCCAUUGCUUCUAUUGCUGAGAAGUAUUUUGGCUCAGCUGGACUGGCUGGCUUGCAGGACAAGAAGGUUGGAUCUCUGCCCUACCCCUCUAUGUUUCCACUGCCUUUCUUCCCAGCUUUCUCUCCACCAGUUUACCCCUUGCCAGACAGGGACCUUAGACCAACAAGCGUGAAGGGAGAGCCACAGUCGCCAGGAGAUGACUGCAAGAAGGCUCAAAGCAAGUCAUCUGAAUCACCGUUUGACCUCACAACGAAGCGAAAGGAGGGCAAGUUGCCCCUGUUUGUUCCCUCCAAAUCUGAGGUCUCAAAUGUUACUAGUCAAGACCAGCCACUCGAUCUAAGCCUGGGUUCCAGGGGUCGAGGACGCAUUCCAAGUCAGGAGGAGGCUAAAAAGAACAAAAGCUAUGAAGAGGAGAAGAGAGCAGUUGAAGUUCCUAGAGCAGACGCUUCUUUACAGCAUGCCCGUCCCACCCCGGUUUUUAUGGACCCCAUAUACAGCAGGGUUGAGAAGAGGAGAAUGAGUGAUCCGUUUGAGACUCUGAAAGACAAGUACAUGCGGCCAACUCCAGGCUUCCUUUUCCAUCCACAAUUUCGUUUGCCAGAUCAGAGAACUUGGAUGACGGCCAUUGAGAGCAUGGCAGAGAAGCUGGAGACAUUUGGUUCCUUGAAGCAAGAGUCUGGAGAACUGCUGCGUUCUGUCCCGUCAAUGUUCGACUUCAGAGCUCCACCGUCCACACUUCCAGAAACACUACUGCGCAAGGGCAAGGAGCGCUACACCUGCAGAUACUGUGGAAAAAUAUUCCCUCGCUCUGCCAACCUGACUCGCCACCUCAGGACUCAUACAGGAGAGCAACCAUACAGGUGUAAAUACUGUGACCGCUCCUUCAGCAUCUCCUCCAACCUCCAACGGCACAUUCGCAACAUUCACAACAAGGAGAAACCCUUCAAGUGCCACUUGUGUGACCGCUGCUUUGGCCAGCAGACCAACCUAGACCGCCACCUCAAAAAACAUGAAAAUGGGCAUUUGUCAGGAACUGCAAUGUCGUCCCCACAGUCUGAGUUGGACAGCGGCAGUGCCAUACUUGAUGACAAAGAGGAUUCGUAUUUUAAUGAAAUAAGAAAUUUCAUUAGCAGCACAAAUCAGAAUCAGACAUCACCGGACCCCUCUGAGGAAGGGCUAAAUGGAGGCCUCUUAGAGGAGGGGAAAUCGCUAAUGCCCAGCCAUGGGCCACGUGACCUGGAGGAUGAAGAAGCAGAAGAUUUGGAUGCUGAGGAGGAUGAAGCAGAGGAGCCGAUUAACACUCCUGAGAAAAGGGAUUUCAAGGUGCAUCCUGGCAGCCUUGGAGAUGAUGAAAUGGAUUUCAAUGAGUCCAACGAACUAAACCUCAGCUCUAAAACCUCUCCAAGGAGGUUUACGCAUGAGGAAGAGCAGAACAGCUUAUCAGCUUUGGAACACAUUCAUCGUUUCUCUGACCUGCAUAAAAUGGAGGAGAGUGAGCCUAGUGAUGGAGAUGAGGACGAUGGAUCCUUUGGUUCUCCUUCACUUGCAGAUGCAGUCAAACAGCCACUCUUUAGGAAAUCAAAGUCUCAGGCGUAUGCCAUGAUGUUGUCUCUGGCUGAAAAGGACUCUCUCCACUCCACCCCCCACACUCCGGCCACCAUGUGGCACAGUCUGGCAAGGGCUGCUGCUGAAUCCAGUGCCAUCCAGUCACUUAGCCACGUAUGAUGACGUCCAUCACCAUUGCAUUCCACAACCCCUGACCUCCUUGUGGCAUCGGAGUCCGCCACAGAGGCUUUCAGCGGGUCCCUGACCCUCCACAGAGUGACUGCUGAGCAGAACCACGGCCCAUUUGACUGCCUUAAACACAGAGCAGGGUCCCUGUCCACUCAAAACCCUAUGGCAGACAAGAUGAACUAAAACGAUUUUUCACAUUAACACCAACUAAGUUGCGGUUAAAAAAAUUGACGCUAAAAUAGAAAGAGCUGUAUUUAUUCUUCCAAGUUUCUCUGUUGUGCACAGCUAAGGCAGCUGCUGCAGACGAGUAAUAUAAAUGUGCUGUUUGGUCAAUGUUGGAGCACAUUUAAGGCAAGGGGAACCCUCUCGACCAUCGGUUUCGACGUCGCUUGAUCUGUUGCUUGUAAGGCAUAGAAGCGACACCACAAAUCCCCCACAGAGAACCACAGAUCUUCAACUCUUCAGUUGAAAGCUGCUCCUUGAAGGUCAGCGCUUGAACAUUGCUGAAUAUCUACAAGAAAUCCAUGAAAAUGAGUUUAACUGAAAUGAGGCCAGUGUCCCGUUUGUGUGUUCAUGAAUGCGUGUGUCUGUACAAUCACAGCACUGUAUACAAGUUUCAAGCAGCACUCCAUCUUGUCCACCUGCGCUAUAUGUGAACAGAUAUAAAUAGAUAGUCUUUUUAGUGUAAGAGAAAACUAUUUUUUUUUCUCCAUUGGUUUUGUUAUUCUCUGAGAUAAGUAGCCUGUGCUGACGAUUAUUGUCAUUCUGUAAAGGGCAAAUAUCUUUUUUCAAAAUUUUUUGAAAUCAUCCUAGCCGAUCAACAAUACCACUAAAUAGCCUGAAUGCUAGUUUUUAGCAAAUCCAUUCUGAUGUGUCUUUCAUUUUUAGACAAUCAUUUGUUCUUUUUUUUUUAUUUGGUUGGUGUUGUCGUUAUUUGCUGUUGUGCUUUUGAGAAUUGUAUUUAUUUCUUGGCAAACUGUAGUUUGUUUACUGAAUAGCACUGCUCCUAGCCCAGGCGAAAGAGGGAGAUUCCCACGGCGGGCUAAUCCCGAACCUCAGUCAGAGGGUUUGUAGAAUAUGUUUGAUUGCCGGAUAGUAUUAAACAUGCAGUCCAUUCUUUAUUCUACUAAUUAAACCAGUCAAUGAAUAGAUUUCGUUUAGUUUUUUUUUUUUUUUAUGAUUCAAUUGUAAAAAAAAAAAAAAAAAAAGAAGAAAAAAAAAGUGCAAAUCAUCAGUGGUUUUAUGGACGAACAAUGAAAAUAAGUCAGGUUUAAUUUGAUCCGAAGCGCAUGGUUGGUCUGUAAAGAUCUAUAUAUGACAUUUUCUAUGAUUGUCUGCAAAGCUUGUAUGAUGUUCGGUUCAUGUUAAUCCCUUGUGCCAAACUUAUGACACAUAACAGAAUACUUUUGUUAAUUUUCCCGUUUUGAGGGACCAGACUUCCUGUUUGUUUUUGUGAUUUUGUUUGUUUAUAAUCGAUUUUAAAAAUUAAUCAGCAAGUUGAGGUACUUUGUUUUAAUGCUUUCUACAAUGUAACUGUUAUGCAUUUCAAUUCAAUACUGUGGGAGGAACAACUAAGAAAAUAAAAGAACACAAUGUGGAUUGA